GUGCGGAGGAGACUAUAUAGUUCUGCAAACAGUGCGCGAUCCAGAGGAGGCGGGAGAAAACACCUGUUACGGAAGAAUCAAUUCGACAAAGCAGCCUCCACGUCUUCAACAGAGAAACACCCUUGUAUCCCAGCUGGUGAAGCCCAGUGGGAUAAUGUGGGUUCUGGACAAGAUCCGUGGGUCAGUAGAGACCACUGUUCUCCGGCGGGGGGAGAAUGGGGUCAAGGACAGCAACACUCCAGUCUACAGCAACGUCCUCACCCCUGAUAAGAUCCCUGACUUUUUCAUUCCCCCCAAGCUGGUCUGCUGCCCCCCAGAGCCUGAGACCCUGGACGUCGUCAAGCCGAAGGAGGGGCUGCGGCCCUCGGCCUCUGAGCAGACCAUUGGCAGUAAGAAAAUCAGCAGCCCUCGCAGCCCGCGUCUGGUUGCCAAGCUAGCUGGGGACACCAAGAACCUGUUGAGGGCCGCCAACCGUCACAUUAUCCAGAUAGAGAGCGCUGAUGACAUGGUGGCAGGGGACACCAACGCUGACCCUCAUUCUCAGACCGCUAUGUCACUGCCCUACGUCCCCAAGACCCAGACUUCCUAUGGUUUUGCCACUUUGAUGGAGAGCCCCCACACCCGCCGCAAGGAGUCCCUUUUCCACUGUGACCAGACCAGCCCCCUGACCUCUCCCAACUCCCAGAGGAAGGGGAAGAGCAGCGAAUGCAACCACCUCAACCCCCCUGAUUUCAACGCCUCUCACAACCCAUACCGCUACUUUAGUGGAGGGGAGAGUGAUACCUGUUCCUCGGCUGAGUCCUCUCCCUUCAACUCCCCACUUCUCUCCCGCUCUGCCUCGCUGCUCAAAGUCUUCACCCACGAGACACAGGCAAAGGUGGUGAAAGCCAAGAGGACGUUUGCCCGCCACAGCUCCUUGUCCACAGACGAGUGCAGCUCAACCGAGCCCAGUCCCAAUGUGCUGCGGCGGCUCCACUCUUCUUCACUUCAUGGCGGUGGGCCGUCGGACCGGGAGCACACCGUCAACCUACACAAGGGCGGCAGGGUGAGGCUCAGUGCCGACUACGAUGCUGGCACGGCCCGCCUGCGCAUUCGCAUUCUGGCUGCCGAAGAGCUCUACGACAAGAUGUACGACAUUAAGAGCAUCAACUGCUGCGUGUCACUGUAUCUCAAUCCUGGCAAGCUGCAGAAACAGCGGAGCACUAUCAUCAAGAACAGCCGAAAUCCUGUGUUCAACGAGGACUUCUUCUUUGACUCUGUGACCUCAGUGCAGGUGAAGAACCUAGCAGUGAAGAUCAAGGUGGUGAAUAAGGGCACCAGCCUGAAGAGAGACACCCUGCUGGGGGAGAGAGAGAUCCCUCUGGGGAAGCUGCUCCAUGGCCUCUAGGUCUGUCCUGACGAUGCAGAAUAGUACUCUGACUAACACAGAAUGAGACUAUGAAUGAUAAUGUGCGUGAAAAAAGAUACAGUGCCUUGCGAAAGUAUUCGUCCCCCUUGAACUUUGCAACCUUUUGCCACAUUUCAGGCUUCAAACAUAAAUAUAUAAAACUGUAUUUUUUUGUGAAGAAUCAACAACA